UAUUGGUGCAUUUUCAGUUGGCAGCCUUUGAUAUCAGCGUCAUCCUAUAUUAUUUCACAACCGAUUCUAUAGUUUUUCGUCUCAACAAAUGAAGUUGCACUUUUGAAGCUGGUUAUUUUACAUAUAUAUUGAACCAGAAAGAGAGAAAAACUCGAACAUUAUUCAGUGAGUUGCAGAAUUUGAAAAGAAGAACAUUCACGAAAAUACGCGAAGGUAUACAUAUCAAGAAAAACCAGCAGGUAUAGCGCUGAAUCAGGUAACAUUUAGUUGCAAGAACUCAACUGCGCAGUAUAUAAACUUCGGAAAAAGUGCGAAACAGGCAUAGUUUGAAAGUAAUUCUAGCCGUCAGGAAGUGUUUCUUGCAAUAACAUUCAUAUUUGUAUAUUGUAUAUAAAUACAAGCAUAAACAAACGCUUUUGCAACUAAAGAUCAAGGAUAACAUUGUGCGAUAAAUCGAUUAUUUAAUUAAAAAAAUUUGAAUUCAUAUAAAAAGUUAUAAAAAUGGAGCGUUUCACCAAGUUAAUGAAAGUCACCUAUGAUGAUGGAAGUGCUAAACUCAAUAUAUACAUCCAGAUGCCGUCGAACAAUUACAAUAUCCUAAAGGAUACCAUUUCAAACCAACUCUUUGAUGAACGCAAGCUAUCAAAGUUUGCAUUUAAAACUACCUGGUUUGAUGAGGAUGGUGAUGAAAUCGACAUUUGCAACCAAGUCGAUUAUGAUUUGUUCCUUUAUAAACGGUCGGAUAGAUUGCACAUGUACAUCACAUCAUUAGAACUGUGGAAGGAAACGUUCAAAUAUGCGGAAAAGCCGGCCCAGGAUGAUGAUGAUCCAAGUGUUUUUGUUAUACACGAACGUGUAGAAUGUGAUUCUUGUGGUUUGUCACCAAUUGUUGGUUUUCGUUACAAGUGUAUUCAGUGCCCAAAUUUCGAUUUAUGCCAACGUUGUGAGGCCAAGCACAAACACCCAGAGCACAUGAUGGUACGCAUGCCAAAAGAAAACUCACCCAGUGUAAUUGACGCUUGGAUAACUAGUCCAUGUGGACGCGGUAGCGGCCGGCGAGCAAAGCGUGAACGCAAGGGUUCAAAUGCUGGCGGUUGCCCGUUUUUUGAUAUGGGAGCAGCAGGAGCAACUGCAGCAAACGACAAUUGCGCUAAUGAUGACGCAGAGCCCAAGCUUGGAAAACAUCAUCACCAUCAUGAACGCAAACAUCAUCGUCGUCAAAUGCGCAACGGCUUUUUGUCCCACAUGUACGAAAUGAUGUCCGACCUUGCCGAGGGUGGCGCAACAUAUAGGCAAAUGGAUGAAAGCGACCCCAAUACACCGUCAGCUCCUUCACCACCAAAGGAAAAUGUAUCUACAAAACCAAAAGAAGCUGAUGCUGCAAGCGAAGCAGCCAAAGCCGCCUGUGAGGCAGCAGCAAAGACUGCUGAAGCAGCUACUAAAAUAGCCACCGAAGUAGCAGCCCAAGUAAACAAACAGGCUGCUGGAAUAACAGCAACAAUCAAUGAGCAAGCAGCUGCAAAAGUUUUGAAUGAUUUGCUCAAUGCAGAGGCUGGAGUUCAGUCUAAUAAUGAAGAUGUAGGUGCAGCUGGAGGAAAUGCCACACCUAACAUGGCUAGCACUGGAACUUCAACUCCUACAUCACAAUCCGCUUCAAGCAACACUAACAAUAAAUCAAAUGACAACAAGUCGGUGCCAGUUACACCAACUUUAGAAGAUUUCGCACAAUUCAUUGAUCCGAAAUUCAUGAAAGCAGGAGUAGAAAUGUUUAAUAAUUUCAGCAAUAUGUUCGCAAAAAUGCUCGAACCAGUGGAAGGCGCUGAGGACAACAGUUAUGCAUCUGCAUAUGCUGGUACUGGCUACCAAGCACGCAAAAGUUCUUCAGCUUCAGCAGCAAGUUCAAUGCGAUCGGCUGCAAGUUCCACAAGCACUAAAUCGAGCGCAAUUGGUAAGCAGACUACCGAAGCAGAAAAAUUAAAUAAAGAACAAUCCAAAAAUACCGGUGAAGCUGAGAAACCUAUCAAUCCUGAUACGACAACUGUGGAACGUAAACGUUCAGUAAGCGAGGAAAAUGACUGGCAAAUGAUUGACAAACAGGCUGCCGAGUCCACAACAAAUUUACUCAAUAUUUCUACUGCUAGCUCGACAGAAACUAUUGAAAAAAUCGAAUUACCCGGCGCCGUUGGCAUCCCGCCAGCUACUCCAGCAUCAACACCAGUUGUCGAAAACUUGUCGCCAAAGAGCAAUUCCGAUAUAAGUUUUGAACAACUCAGCAUGGAUUUGAAGGAUCAUGUUGAAAAGGAAAAUGAGCGUGCCCUUAUUGAACGAAAAAUUAAAAUUGCUGAUGUCUUAAAGGCUAAGUCUGACGUUAUGACCAACAACACACCCACAACAUCUGUUAACACUGGUGCUACACCCAAACCACAGAAUCUAGCUGUACUCGUUUAUCACAAAGAUCCUAGUAUCAAUAAAGCUAUACAUGCUAUGAUAGCUAUGGGCUUUAGCAAUGAAGGCGGAUGGUUAACACAAUUGCUUGAGUCGGUCAAUGGCAAUAUUUCGGCAGCAUUGGAUUUGAUGUCACCGGCACAGAGCCAAGGCAACAAUUAAGAUAUCUGUAUGCAGCUGCAAAGUCUGCCGCUCACUUAGUAUUUAAGGAACAUUUUUCUCUCUACAAUGCUUAUUUCAAAAUCAUAAUAUCCUCUCAAUUACCACGUAUGCAUUCGUUUCUUUACUGAAACGAUAAAUGUGCACUACUAUACUAACACUGUCAAAAGUGUAUUCAUUACCAUGAGCCUUCAUCCUAAAAUCACUCUGUAUACCAUCCUUCUUUUACCAUUCUAUAUAUUUGUUUUUUUUUUCUUUUGUUCUUCGACCAAUGAAAUCCGUAUUUGAAUAUACAUACUUACAAGUACAUAUAUAUUUUGAUUACAUUUAUCUUAUGAACCAAUAUAUAUUUCAUAUUAUUUACACACACAUAUUUAGUGUCAAUUUAUUUCAUUACAUGAAUUUUUGAAUGGCUUUGAAAUGGUUUUCUCAAUUAUUAUAUAAUAUAUACCUGCAUAUAUAGAAUUCGAUAAACCUUAUCCAUAGAGGAAUGUAAUUAUAUCCAAAAUAAAAAAUAAAAAUAUAAAAAAAAUUAAAACUA